AUGGAGUGGGACGAUUUUCACCCCCUUCACUACUCUUUAAUUAUAUGUAACGCAUUCUCACGAAAGGCCCGAGGGUGGGAAGAAUCGUCCCUGAGAAACCAGAAGCAGCCCCCGCCGCCGCUGACGUUGUUGUUGCUGCUGCUGCUGCUGCUGUUGCGGUGCCCCCGCGCCUCUCCAGGAUCACGAGCCGCGCCUAAAGAAAUCAUGGCCGAUCACUUCUGGAAGACCGUGAGCCAGUCCCCGCCGGAGCCGCAGUCGUGCUCCCCACCGGCUACCACAGCCACAGCCACCGACGUGGACACGGACGUGGCCAAGGAGAUGGCCCGGCCGGCCACCACGAUGACGCCGGCCCGUCCGGCUACUGCUACCGCACCGGAAAACGCUGCGAUUGCUGCCGCAGUGGAGUACCCAGACUACUACGAUGACGACGACGGCCAGACUAUCCCCAUCAUCCGGGACGGCACGGACGCCGACUCGGCCCAGAUGCGUGCUUCCAUUUUGAACUACCGCCGUGAAAACGGUCGAACGUAUCACAAACUGUCGGACGGCAAAUACGCCUUCCCCAACGACGCCCUGGAGCAGGAGCGCCUCGACAUCGUAAGCCACCUCUGGAUGCUCACUUUCGACGGCGAGUUUUGCCUCAGUCCAAAGAAGGACGGCGCCAGGAGAGUCCUCGACAUGGGCACGGGGACGGGCGUGUGGGCGCUGGACUACGCGGACGAGUUCCCGCAGGCGACGGUAAUCGGCGUCGAUCUCAGUCCCAUCCAACCCAUUUACGUGCCGCCUAAUUGCCACUUCGAGGUCGACGACCUGGAAAAGGAGUGGACGUGGAGGGAGCCGUUCGACUUCAUCUUCGCGCGCAACAUGAUCGGCUGCUUCUCCGACUGGAGGGAGGUCAUCGCGCAGGCGUACAAGAGCCUCGAACCCGGCGGGUAUUUUGAGAUCCACGACUCCGAGUACCCCAUCAAAUGCGACGACGGGACGCUCACGGACGACAUGCCGCUGAGCAGGUGGACGAGGAUGAUCCGCGACGCGUGCGACAAGGUCGGGCGGUCGCUGUCCAUCACGCACGAGUUCCCGCAGAUGAUGCGCGAUGCAGGGUUCGAGGACGUGAGCGUCACGAAAAUCAUGUUCCCCGUCAGUCCCUGGCCCGACGAUCCCAAGCUAAAGGAGAUGGGCCAGUGGGUGCAGGCGUCGCUGCUGCCGGGGUUGGAAGGCAUGUCGCUGGCGUUGUUUACGAGGGUGCUGGAGUGGUCCAAGGCUGAGACUAUUGUCUUUUGUUCUCAUGUGAGGCAGGAUGUGAAGAAUACGAAUUUGCAUGGGUACUGGGAUGGAUACGCAAUUCACGGGCGAAAGCCAUUGAAUUCUCCCAGGCCUGAGACUGAGGUUAGGGAUAAAGGCAAGAUGCCGGAAACCAGCAAGUGA